AUGCGCUUUACCUGCUUCCUAAUCCUGCUCGUUACUAUGUUCGCCACAAGCAGCAAGAGCUUCGCUGGCGCCUUCGAGAUUGGUCCAAGCCGUAACAUCGCUCGUGCGUCCGACGUCAAGCUCGUCGACAGUGUUCGUCGUCUCAGGGGGUAUGAGAAGCUGAAUAAAGAAGAGAGGAUAGCAACUGUAGCUGCGGUCGCUGCGGUACAUCUGGGUCGUACGAAUUCUAUGCAAUCGUCACAGAUUGCGCAUUCGGCGGGAAAAUAUGUCCCGAUGUCGAAGUGGGAGGUGGGUGUGCUUGCUCUGCUGGCUGCUGGAGCGGUAUCUGGCACUGCUUAUGGCCUUUAUAAACUAGCGCGGUCAGCCGAAUAA